AAAAGCUCGAGCGUUAAGAAGAGCAAGGAAGACCGAAGAGGAGUGAAACUCUGAGUCUAGACUCUGACACACAAAGUGGCAAUUUGUGAGAAGAUUAUCAGUAUGCCUAGGAUCUUCUUUAUCUUACUGAGCUGUUUAUUACACAGUGUUUACACAGACCAGCCUCCAAAUAUCAUAUUCAUCGUAGCAGAUGAUCUUGGUUGGAACGAUGUUAGCUUCCACGGUUCAUCACAGAUUCCGACUCCUAAUAUUGAUGCUCUGGCACAAGAGGGCGUCAUUCUCACCAAUUAUUAUGUGACGUACGUCUGCACGCCAACAAGAAGUGCUCUCAUGACUGGUAGACAUCCUAUCCAUACAGGUCUACAACAUGGAGUUAUAGAAUUAGAUGAUCCCUAUGGAUUAGGACUCAAGGAGAAGAUCAUGCCUCAGUACCUCAGUGAAAUAGGUUACAGAACACACAUGGUUGGGAAGUGGCACCUUGGGUUUUUCAAGGAGAGUCUAACACCAAGUCAUCGUGGCUUUGAAACCUUCUAUGGGUUCUACGGUGGCAUGGGGGACUACUAUACACAUGAAACCUCCACGAGUAAGAAUAAUUGGACGGGUUUUGAUUUUCAUGUGGAUGGUUCCGUCUACAAACCAGUGUAUGGGAAAUAUUCUACAGAGAUAUUUACAGAAAGGACACAACAGAUAAUUCGUAAUCAUCGUCAGGAUGAGCCUCUGUAUAUCUACUUGGCUCACCAAGCAGUGCAUAGUGCCAAUUACGACGGUCAGAGAUUGCAAGCUCCGUAUAAGUAUUAUGAGUUAUUCUCUCACAUCAAGGAUGAAAAUAGGAGAAAAUAUGCUGCAAUGGUAGCAGCUUUGGACGACUCAAUCGGUAACAUCACAGAGACCUUGAAAGAAAGCGCCCUCUACGAGAACACCCUCAUAGUUUUUACAACCGACAACGGAGGACCCGCUCACGGCUUUGAUUACAACUACGCGAGCAACUGGCCACUGCGGGGGGUGAAACACACCACCUGGGAGGGCGGGGUACGUGCCGUUGGAUUUGUAUGGGGCGCCCUCAUUGAGAAGCCUGGGAGAAAGAGCGAUGGGAUGAUGCAUGUUUGUGAUUGGGUUCCAACGUUGUAUGGCGUAGCGGGUGGGAAUACCAAUAGUUUAAAACACCUUGAUGGAUUUGAUGUCUGGCCUAUGCUCUCGAGAGGGCAGGCUUCACCUCGCACAGAAGUCCUCCACAUGAUAGAUUCUGCGCUGAACCUGUCUUCCAUUCUUGUUGGGGAUUAUAAACUUGUACAGGGGCAGCGAGGAACAGACUGGGAUGGCUGGUACCCCCCUGAGGGCACGUCAUUAGCUGAUCUGGAAUCGAACCCCGUCCCUAAUGCUUUUGUUGUGCAUUGCCUGCCCAAGCCUGCCAAUGCCUCAACCAACUGCAAACCUAUAGAGAAGCCAUGUCUAUUCAACAUACGACAUGAUCCUUGUGAAUUUUACAACAUAGCGGACUGGAAUCGAGACAUUGUCGAGCGACUCCUGAAGAGAAUCGAUGAAUACCGCGCGACAAUGGUUUCCCCUAGGAAUAAGCCUUCCGACACACGGAGCAACCCAAAAUACCAUGACAACUGCUGGGUUCCAUGGAGAAAAGACACAAUGGAAUCACCUUGAGAAAUUGUUCUUGCUGAAUAUUGUCGUCGAAUGUUUUGACGAUUCCAUGACAUUUGCUCCGGAGACGGUUGCUCCACUGCGAAUUCCACACAUUAAUGGAAUGUCCACCUUCAAUCCUGGAUUUAAAGGGGAAGUUCACCCUGAAGAAAACUUUGUCGUGAAAAUAGCAG